AUGUCUGGAAACGGGAACGGAGGGCAGAUUGUUCGCCGUUGUCCAGUUGUCCGUUCAACAGGACACACAAACUGGGUACGCUGUGCCCGGUUCUCUCCGAACGGUAAACUGAUCGCCUCCUGCGCUGAUGACCGCACGCUGAAACUGUUCGACCCUGCCUCCGGGCAGUGCGUCCACACAUUUGUCGACCAGAAGGGUGCCGGAUACAAAGUUGCUUGGCAUCCCGACAGUUCGCUGGUGGCAAUCGCGUUGGACAACUGUCGAGUGAAAAUUUAUGACGUGAACAUUCGGAAGCUGAUCCAAUACUACCGGAUUUUCGACGGCCCAGUCAACGCGCUCGACUUUCACCCUUCCGGCAACUAUCUGAUCACGGUCAGUGAGGAUGGCGUUACUAAAAUCAUCGACCUGCUCGAGGGUCGCCAAAUAUUCACUCUCACCGGUCAUCGGGGUCCGGUGACGGCGGUAAAGUUUUCGAAGGAUGGCAAAUUUUUCGUCACCGGCAGUGAAGAUCGGCAUGUGAUGCUUUGGCAGGCGAACUUGGACAGCGAAUCGGCACAACAUUCCCUCCACUCAACCGAUAGCAGUUGCGGGGAUAUGAAUCCACCGAUGGCCGGGCGAAAGUUUAGCUUCUUCGAUCAGGACGUCAGUGAGGCGGAUGCUGAUGAUGCCACGCAGAACAAAGAGAACUUGCCGGACACGAGCGUGUUAGUCGAUGCUUCUAAAACUGAAAACUUUAAAAUAUCUGACGCCGUAGAGGUUAGCGAUUAAACACUGUCGCAUCACCGUCCUUAUUCUCAAUGCUCCUUGCUCUGCGUAGUCCUUUAUUCACUUUAAUCACCUUACAUUUUGCUCAAAUUUCCCUUCCAUAUAAUGCAAGGAAAUUGUAAUCAAACUGAAUAAAUCCUCCCCCGGAGCUAACCAAACGGCCGGACUGAGCGUUAGUUUCACGAGCAAACCCUCGCCAAGCAACGACGUGGCAGUUCG